UUUUAACUGUUAGUUAUUUAGUUAUUAAAGAUGAGUGAUGAUAAAAUAAUUAAAAAACUUCAAAAUUCGUUUAAAUUAAACGGGUUGCUAGUGAGAAGGGAAUUUUGUAAUUUGAUUAACGAAAGCUUAAAAGGCGAAGGAAUUGAUUUAAGUGAUAAUGAAUCUUUUGAUAGUUACAUUAGGCAGUUAUGCAACCGUUUGGAAAAGCAAUGUGUUAAUAAUAAAAGUAUAGAAAAAGAAGAUAUUCAACAUGCAAUUGAAGGUUGUUUAUACGCCGGAUAUGAUAAACAUGAAACUGUAUUUAACAUAAUCAGUGCAUUUAAGUUUCCAAAAUUAAUUUAUAACCCUGAUAGAAAGUUAUAUUGCUUAAAUAAAAAGAAAUCAUCAUUAUUAUCUGAUGCAAAUUCUAAAGCACAACUGUUUAUAGAUAGAUACAAUUCUAUUUUACAAAGGGUUCAACGUAACUUUAAAGUUAACACAGAAAAUUUUAAUUUACAAACUGUUGAUUAUUUAUUAACUUUAUCCCAUAAGACUUUAGAUAAAACUUUAAUAUUGGGGUCUUUAUCACAAGUUUCUGAGGGAAAGUACUAUUUAGAAGAUCCAACUGGAAUUGUUGAAUUAGAUUUAAAGCAUGCAAAGUAUCAAAAAGGUUUCUUUGUUGAAAAUACAUUUGUUUUGGCGAAUGGAUUUUAUGAGGACAAAGUACUACAGGUUUCAUCUAUUCUUUUACCCCCUGGUGAAGAAUAUGAGGAUUCUAGACCUACCUUUGGAAAUUUAAAUUAUUUUGGUGGACAUUCCACCAUACCUUUAAGAGAAUCCCAACGAUUGAAAGAACACAUGAUGAGAAACUCAUCGAGGGUGAUAUUUUUCUUUUCUGAUCUGUGGUUAGAUCAUCCUAUGGUAUUUGAAAAAUUGGAAACAAUUUUUAAUGGUCUGGUAGCAACUCCACCCAUAGCUUUUGUAUUUAUGGGGAAUUAUAUGUCGGAAUCACAUGGAUCGGAAUAUUUAGAAACAUUGAAAAAACUUUUUAAACAACUGGGUGAAUUAAUAAGAAACUUCAGCACUCUUAUUAAUGGAAGUGAAUUUGUUUUCGUACCAGGUUUAUCAGAUCCUUGUACUCCUCAUAUUUUACCGCGGUUACCUUUACCAAAAUUUGUAACUGAAGAACUUUCAAAAAAUGUGCCAAAAGCAGUUUUUCCAACAAAUCCUUGCCGAUUACAAUACUGUUCAAGAGAAAUAACCAUAUUAAGAAUGGAUAUUUUACCAAAAUUAAUGCAAGGCAGUUUACGUAAGCCUGAAAAAGACGAAAUAGGUCUUUGUGUGAGUCGAACAGUUGUUAGUCAAGGUCAUUUAAGUCCUUUAUCGUUGAAUGCUUUAACUGUUCAUUGGGACUAUGACUAUACACUGAGAUUAUACCCCCUUCCAGAUUUAGUUGUUAUUGGUGAUAAAUCAGAAAGUUAUACUGGAGAAUAUAAAGGCUGUUUAGUUACAAGUCCUGGUUCAUUUUGCGACUCGGGUUUUCAAUUUAAAUGCUAUACACCGUUUGAAAAUAUAGUUGAAGAUUGUGCCGUUUAAUCACAUUUUAUUUAUUUAUUGUAUUUAAAUACACUAAAUAAUUUUUAUAACAAAUUUAAACAGAGGAAUGCGU